UAUAUCAUUUGGACAAAUUAAAAACAGGCUACACACAUACAGGCUAUUUUAACUUUGCAGAUGAGCAUGCACGUGCACAGAUAGACCCCUAGUGGUGCUCAAGCACUGGCCCUUUUGCCCUGGAUGAGAAAAGUGCCCUUCUGCUGGAGCCCAAUUUUUUCUUCAUUCAUCAAUAUUUAAGAAUAGAAAUUACUCUCUCUGUCAUCAAUUGAUGAUUGCUGGUUGUACAUCAAAUUGCCCUUGAAGGAUAUUAAAGAUUUUCUUUUAUGGACAACUUUGGUUAAUCACAAGCUGCACAAACCAAGCUAGAGCAGCAGAGGAACCCAGCAGCCAGCAGGGGGCAGCCUCAGGACAUCACAGCAGACUGUGAUUCUUGUAAGGCGUCUGAAGACAAGGUUGGAAAAGUACUGGGUUAUUAGUCGGCAAGGUGUUGGCUCUCCAUCAAGAGAGUCCCGGGUACGAAUCCUGCUCCCCGCCAUCUUCUGGCUGGCAAUAUGCUGAAGUCUUAACAUUGGUGGGAUUUCUCCUAUUAAUUGCUAAAUAUAUUACACUAUUUAAAUUUAAAUCAAUUAAAUAUAAAAACAGGAAAAAAUGUAAUUAAAAAAAAAAAACUGCGAGCGCAGUUUUUUUCUGCGCAGGAUGUGCGCAAUGGGCUUCUGCGCAGGAUGUGCACGAUGAGUUUAUGUUUUUGUUUCUGUUUGUUAAUUAUUAAGUUGGAUUACGUAACAACUCUCCAAGCUAUUUUUACUAAAUAAUUCAUAUAUUAUUCAUAUAUCUGUAAAUGGAUUGUGGUCGUCUGUAUUAGUAGUGCGGCUUCAUGUCCCCACCAGUGGGUUUUACUCACCAUGAAUCCCAUGAAUGCUGAGACAAAUUUACUCCAUUCAGCUAAAGAGGUUGUGGAUGACUCAGACCCGGGCCUAGAAAUAAAAAGUGCUGGAUGCAACCAUGUGCGGCACCAAAUGUGGAAGCAGUUAACAAAGUAAAUGAAGUGUUGAGUAUUAAAUGUGUGGCUCCAGCAGAUGAGUGUAAGAAUUUGGGAGAGGGGGAAUAAAGACGAGCCAAAAAAGGAGGGACACAUGUGAGGCUGGUGUCGGAUUGUUGUGGAGGAGAAUGGGGUCAGCGGCGUGCCAUGUUUCCACUUUAAGUCUGUGCUGGACAGGGGGGAGGGGGCAUUAGAGGGUAAAGGGGCAGAGGGGUUGUAUUUUUAUAGAACAUUUGCUCUCCUGCACGCCUGACACUGUUGAAGCAGAAAGGGCCCACAGAAGGACUGCUGUGCCUUUCACUCAAACGGAAAGCGAGGCACACUCCGGCCUGGAGCUGCGAUUUGGACACAAAGAGAAAAGAAAAGUGACUAAAAGAACGAGAAGAAGAUGGAUGUAAAGACUAAAAACUCGGACAUCAGCCUGGAGAAGUUAGGCAGGAUGGCCGAGGAGCUGAUGCUGCCGGGAAGGUUUAUUCUCCGAGGCCUUAACACUGCUCUGGAGUCUGUCACAUACGUCCUGGCUGCGAUUUUUGGAAGUCAAGUGUUCAGAAGACACUUCCACCUGAUGCUAUCUGGUCUGGUUCUGUUUGGGCCUCUGCUGAAUCUGUGGGUGUCCAAGUUCAGCAUCUUCACAAACAGCCACCAUUACCUGUACAGAAAGUUUCUGAAGUCCACUUGGGGUUGGACCUGGAUCUUCAGCGGCUCCUUCAUCCUCCUCCUCUCCCUCUCUGCCCGUCACUCCCUCUCGCUCUCCCUCCGCCACCUCUCUCGGCUCGGAGUGGUGGGCUUGCUCUGGUGGGGGUGUCGCCGCCUUCUGACCCUGCUGGAGGACGCGACGGGGACCUGCUACGAGCCGAUUGCCCAGGAAACCCAGAGUUCUGCCUCGCUGGAACUUCCACCGCCGCUGCUGCUGCUGCAUGAGGGCCGGAGCAAGGCCUCCUGCCUGAGGGACAACAUGGUGUGGAGGGGCUACGAGGUUUCCCAGGACGUCCUCAUCCUCUGCUUGUGCUGCCUGCUGCUGGUGGAGGAACUGUCCGUCUUUGGCCCUCACAUGGUCCGAGCGAGGAGGAGUGGUCCCCCCGGGGCCCCGUUGAGAUUAGUCUUCCUCCUGUGUGCCGCUCUGCUCGCCGUGUGGAUGUUCCUGCUGCUGUGUGUGCUCGCAUACUUCCCAAAGUUCCCCUCGCAGCAGCUGGGGGGAGCCCUGGGCUACCUGGGGUGGAAGGGGCUGUAUCAGGGAUGGUACACACUCGGGCCGACCUGGUGCUUCCCUGGUUUGCCAGGAGACGGACCAUUAACAACCAGGGAAACCGGAAAACAAGAGGAGUAGGUGAUAUUUAGGGGUUGAGAGUGUGACCUCGAAAAGAGGAUUUCCCAAUAAGUCUUCUGAGGCAAUCUAGGUAUUCAACACUGUGUGUAAACGACACCAUGAGUCUGGCAUCAGGUGAAUAUGCAGGUUAAUUUCACUGUUUGUCACAUUAGAUACAAAUUCCCAUUCUGACAGAGUAAGUUCAGGCAGAUUAAUUGGAAUCAUGUUGCUUUAUUUUGUAAUCUGAAACAAACUGCAUGAUAUGAGAUGACACAAGACAUUUUUUGUCGGAGCGGGUUUUUUGUUGCUUGAUGGCAGCGUCACACGAGACGAGCUGCAUCUGGUCUGAGAGCCCGUGGGCUUGCUGAUGCCCGUCUCAGUAGAUGAGAGCCUUUCCGUCCCCUCUGGGCUUCUUGAUCUUGUCGUAGUUCUUGGUGAUGACAUCGUACAGCACGGCCUGUAGAGAGAGAAAUGAGGACGAGAGUCAGACAGACACAGGGAACAGCACGGAUGUGAGACGGAGCGUGAAUAAGACCGAGACACAUAAAACUCUUUCUGAAUAAUCGUGUCCUUUCAUCAGCACCUGCACGGCCGCAUUCAUAAACUGCCAUCAAACGCCGCAGGACAACUUCAAGAGGAAGUAAAGAUUAAUGGACAGGAGAGGGAGCACCAAUCACUUCAACACAAGCACAGCAAUUAGUUUAAUUAGCGUCCUAUUAAGAAGGAAGUGAUUUCAUUUAGCCUCCGUCCCUGCUGCGGAGACACGGCUGGAAUAUUUAACAGAUGUGAGGGGAGUUAUAUUCACAAUUCAGUGUUUGAUUACCACAGAUGAGAUACUGGGUUCAAUAAAUACGUUUUCAGUCAAA